AUCACGCCUCCCAACCCGGUGCUUCGGCUCUCUCUUGCCCAGCUAAAAGUUGGAAUAAAUAAGCCGAUCAACAUCAAAAAUGCCAUCGCAUUAAUCGAAAAGUGUGUUAAGGAAGACAAAGCGGAGAUGGUGGUUUUGCCCGAGUGUUUUAAUUCGCCCUACGGAACUGGAUUCUUCUCUGAGUACUCGGAAAUCAUUCCGGACGGAAACACCUGUCAAGAAAUGGCCGCAGUCUCUAAGAACCACAAGAUCUGGUUGGUCGCUGGAUCAAUCCCCGAGAAAGGCUCAGAUGGCAAGCUUUAUAAUACGUCGGUGGUUUACAAUCCUGAGGGCGAGGUUGUAGGCACUUACCGCAAAGUUCACCUGUUCGAUAUUGACAUUCCCGGUAAGUUUUGA